AUACUCCGCACAGUAAGUAGGAGCCGGCAAUACAGCAAUAGUCUGCCAUAAAACCUUAAAGAAGAAGAAGGCAAGGCAGUAGAAACAACAACCAACAUUUAUUAGAUAUAGCUACAGUAGCUAGUUAAUGUAACAACAACGUGUUGAUAUUGCAUCCAUUCUAUCAACAGCUAUACUUUUGUGAAACAGAUGAGAAUUAGAAACAAACUCGCGGUUUUAUUUGUUUAACGAGUGUUGAGAACUUUGGACUGAGUGACCAUUGAACUCGUACUGACCGGUCCUCCCUAGCAGAGUUCCCCAUCUAUCCCGGGCUCUGGUCAGUCAGCCAUGGCCCUCCGUGUCCUCCAGGCGGUGGCGGCGGUGGCUGUUCUUUGUCGGUUCCCCGUAACGUUAACUCGGGCUGGGGACAGGUCAGAGGGGACUCCCGGCCAAUCCUACGUGGCUGCGGUAUACGAGCACCGGGUUAUUCUGAACCCGGAGCCGCACGUACCUCUGUCCCGGGCCGCGGCGCUCAAGCACAUGAUGAGCAACCUGGAUGUGUACGAGGAGCAGGCCGCGCGAGCUGCGGAACAGGGGUCUCAGAUCAUAGUAUUUCCAGAGGAUGGUCUUCAGGGGUUUAACUUCAGUCGUCUGUCCAUCUCUGCUUACCUAGAGACCAUCCCUGACCCACAGUCUGAGGACUGGAACCCCUGUACACAGACAGACAGACACACCCACACUGAGGUCCUCCAGAGGUUGAGCUGCAUGGCUCGACGUCACCGUCUUUACCUGGUGGCCAACAUGGCUGACCUCCAGCCCUGCCGCCAGACCUCUCACCCCACCUGCCCCCCCGAUGGGCGCUGGCAGUUCAACACUGAUGUUGUCUUCAGGUGGGAUGGUUCCCUGGCGGCACGCUAUCACAAACACAACCUGUACUUUGAGAAGGCCUUCGAUGCCCCGCCCACACUGGAGGUGGUGACCUUUGACACGCCGUUCGCCGGACGCUUUGGAGUGUUCACCUGCUUCGACAUCCUGUUCCAUGACCCUACCGUCAGACUACUGGAGCAGGGUGUCAGACAGAUGGUCUACCCUACAGCCUGGAUGAACCAGCUUCCUCUGUUGUCAGCCGUUCAGUUCCAGAGAGCCUUCAGUCUGGGAGCUAACACCACUCUGCUGGCGGCUAACAUCAGGGCAGACAGCCUGGGUAUGACAGGAAGUGGCAUCUUCACCCCUGGUACUGCCAUCUACCACCAUGCCAGGGCUGGGCAGCCAGAGGAGGGGAGGCUGCUGGUGCUGAGGAUACCUGUACUGGACACUGCCUGGCUGGGAACAGAGACAAGGGCCAAGGGGCAUGGGGAGGCAGGAGGAGAGACUGCAAGAGGAGAGGGGGAGGCAGGAGGAGAGGGGGAGGCGGGAGGAGAGACUGCAAGGGGAGAGGGGGAGGCAGGAGGAGAGGGGGAGGCAGGAGGAGAGACUGCAAGGGGAGAGGGGGAGGCAGGAGGAGAGACUGCAAGAGGAGAGGGGGAGGCAGGAGGAGAGGGUGAGGCAGGUGGAGAGGGAGAGGCCGGAGGACAGACUGCAAGAGGAGAGGGAGAGGGGAGGCCUCUCUCUACCUCUCCUCCUGCCUUCUCUCCCUCAUCCCCCUUUCCUUUCACCUCCUCUAUGAUGUAUGAUCCCUUCUCCUUCCUCCUGCUGAGUGGUUCAGAGGGCCAGCUGACAGUGUGUGACGGUCGUUUCUGCUGCCACCUGCAGUACCAACGCUCCCCACAGGGGAGCAAUACGGAGCUCUAUGCUCUAGGAGCGUUCUCUGGCACUCACACGGUUAACGGACGCUACAAUGUACAGGUGUGCGCGUUGGUCCGCUGUUUGGGGUCGGAGGUCAGCUCCUGUGGACAGGAAGUGGAGGAGGCAGAGUCGAGAGUUGACUUCCUAUUGGAGGGGAAGUUCGGAACCAGUCACGUUUACCCGUCGUUGCUAGGUAGCGGCAUGGUUCUAGAACAACCUGACCAGGUCAAGACGACCGCAGAUGGUCGCGUGGCCAUGGAACACUCAGGGAUGACCGUCGGACUAGUGACCGCAUGUCUCUACGGCAGGGUGUACGACCAGGACUAAGGUGUGUGAGAGAGGUUGCGGUCCAAACACUUAAGAUACACCCUCGUCCACGUACCCUCGCCUUAUGCCCUUGGGGAAAUCCCCGCCGCCAUCUUGGAGGGCGGUCCAAAUGAUUAGCCAAACAAGGGAAGUCCCUCGCCCCUCAGCCCUCGUUUUUAGUCGGCUUAGCGAGUGUACAAUUAUGUUCACUGCUGGGCCCGAAACUCCCCAUAAUUCAAUUCACGACGAUUGUACAUCUUGUCAGCGAAAACUUAUAAACAACAUCAAUGGAGAAGUCAACAUAAAAACAGUAAAAACAAAUGCAAAUAAGUUAGAAACUGUGCUACUAAUGCACAUGACGGCACAAACACAUCUCGUAAAAAGUAAAUAUGUUUUUGUUUGGUUCUUUUGGAAAUUGUAGAGAAAAAAUAAAAAUUAUUCUUCAGAAGUUCCAGCUGGGUAGGCUAACGUUACUUAGCCAAUUCAUUUACUAGCUAUCAUACAGUAGGCGUAUAUUAAUAAUGAUACAUUUAAUAUAAGUAGACAUGCACUCACAAGCUACCGGUGGCUGAAAACACAAUCAUCGCUGGAUGAACGAGUGACACAUUUCCAGCCCAGUGUGGUCCAUUUACAAAUCAUUCCUUCCUCCUUUGAAUACUCGUCAGACGUCAUCAGAAGUGUCCACUUAAGUUGAGGGUUGAGGGGAUAGGGUGUGUCUUAAUUGUUGGGACCGCAACCAGGGAGAGAGAGUGUGUGUGUUUGGGUUAAAUGAUUGUGUGGUCCCAUAAAGUGAACCAAUCUUCUACCUCAGUAAAUAAGUGUUCUCUUUUGUACUCCGUCCUGUUUCUGAACUGUAUCCAUGACACCCUAUUCUGCAAUGUUGUCGGGGGUUACGCCAAAUAAAAAUAUGAUUCACCAACAACAAACAAUAUUGUAUUUUUAAAA